AUGGCUUAUUCUCGGACGGCCGUCGUGUUUGCUCUGCUGCUGCACGCGGCGUGCCUCUCAUCGCCUCUUGGUCUCGUCGCGGCCCACAUCUGGCCUCUCAGUGGAGCAAGCACCCGCCGCGAGUUACCGGUCAAGGCGCCUGCCAUGUGUCCCCCCGGCGUUGUCUGCCCGGAAGGGGCGUCGUGCGCGGUGGAUUCCAACAGCCACCCUUUUUGCAAGUGCCCGGCCGGGCAGGCCAUUAUCAACGGCGAAUGCGCCCCCGCCAAGAACUGGACGACGGUGGGUACGAGCGUGGCGGUCUACAAACGCACCACCUGCAAAGCCAGCGCAGGCGACGUGGAAGCCCCCGUGGUGCAGCGCGCGCCGCCACCCAACACCUCGACUUGCGUGAGCCUGGCGCCGUUCAACGGCACAUUAGGGUGUGUGAAGAUCCUGUGGAACGUGAAUGACGGCGCGCCGAAUCACCUGGUGUGCGGAAAGCUUGUGUUCUGGGAGCAGCCUGACUGCAGUGGCUUGAAUACGACUGUCGAGAUAACUCUCGGCGGCUGGAAGAAAGUCAACCCUCAGCAGUUCAACAUCGUUUCCACAUUCGCGGCGAUGAAAGGCAUAAAUUACAAUACCCGGUCCUUCUCGUGUCUGACUGCCACUCUGCCGCCUGGCGUGGACCUCUGUGCCCUUGCGUCAUGCCCGCCCAACUCCACCUGCUCCUUAAAAAACGGCUUCGCUAAGUGCAUUUGCGACCCUGGACUGGUCAUGCCCAAGGACGGCAGCGCCGCUGCAUGCGUUGAGCCGUGCUCUAUCAAGGAUUGUGGCGAGGGUGGAACUUGCUUCAAGCUAUCUAACUAUGAACCGUAUUGUGAUUGCAAGCAAGGCUACGAGCAGGAGGGAGUCUCUGGGAGUUGCAUUGGCCAAGGCCAAUGCAAGAACUGCCUUCAGAGCACCUGGGGCAAGAAUUCCCUACCAUACACAUACUGCCCCCCUGGCUUCAGCAUGCGCUCUGGUACCUGUGUGCCAGGCCUCGUUCCCGAUGUGGCUGACGUCGCCAUCAGCAUCUUCAGUGAGGUCAAUUUCGGCACAACAAACCCUCCUUAUGUCUUCCGCCUGAAGCCCUUCACUUGCGUCACUAUUCCUGAAGUGGUUGUGGCCUCUGCCAAGUCGGCUGGCUUUCUGUAUCGUGCUCCUGAAUCGUACAUUUCAUGCACGGCGGUCGUCUUUUACACUCAGCCCAACUGUGGUGGAACGCCAUUAACCGCAGACGUCCCCACGGGCGAUGGCGUACUCGAAAUACCGCUUACAUCUCUUUAUGGUUUGGCCCAAUCCUUCAAGUGCCUUCUGUGGUAA